CUGGACUGGGCGUGUCUCCUGAUAUUUUCUGGUUUUCAUGAGCUAGCCAUCAUCCAUUAGAUCUUUCCUGUUCCAGCUGGACCAAUCGACGACAAUGAGCAACGGCGACGGCGGCAUGGAGCCGCAGAAGCCGCCAGUGCUGAGCUCGUCGGCUUCUUUCAAGGCUAGGAAACCGAAGACCAAUGCUGCCGUGCCGCGACCUGAAGUCGAUGAUAUUGUCACUCUCCUCCACGGCUCCGAUCCCGUCCGUGUCGAGCUUAACAGGCUAGAAAACGAAGUUCGAGAUAAAGAUAGGGAAUUGGGAGAGGCGCUGGCAGAAAUCAAGUCUUUGAGAAAUUCGGAACGACUCAAGGAAAAGGCAGUUGAAGAGCUAACAGACGAGCUUAAGAAAGUUGGUGAAAAGCUUAAAGCAACUGAAGCUCUUCUAGAGAGCAAGAACCUUGAGAUCAAGAGGAUUAAUGAUGAGAAAAAAGAAGCUUUGGCUGCACAAUUUGCUGCAGAAGCCACACUCCGAAGAGUCCAUGCUGCUCAAAAAGAUGAUGAAAUGCCUCCCAUUGAGGCAAUCAUCACUCCACUAGAGGCAGAACUUAAGCUUGCUAGAUUGGAGGCUGUCAAGUUGCAAGAUGACAACAGGGCACUGGAUCGACUCACUAAGUCAAAGGAGGCUGCUCUCCUUGAGGCUGAGAGAACAGUCCAGAUGGCCCUGGCUAAGGCAUCCUUUGUUGAUGAUCUACAAAACAAAAACCAAGAGCUUAUGAAGCAGGUUGAAAUAUGCCAGGAGGAAAACCGGAUUCUAGACAAAAUGCAUCGACAGAAGGUUGCCGAAGUUGAAAAACUAACACAAACAGUUCGUGAACUCGAGGAGGCUGUAUUAUCUGGUGGGGCUGCUGCUAAUGCUGUUCGGGACUACCAGCGAAAAGUGCAAGAAAUGAAUGAGGAGAAAAAGACUCUGGAAAGAGAGGUGGCUCGUGCAAAGAUUAGUGCAAACAGGGUUGCUACUGUGGUUGCAAAUGAGUGGAAAGAUGGAAAUGACAAAGUUAUGCCCGUUAAGCAAUGGCUUGAGGAAAGAAGAGUUCUUCAGGGAGAAAUGCAACAGCUUCGAGAUAAACUGGCUGCAGCUGAGCGAACUGCAAAAGCAGAAGCACAACUGAAAGAAAAAUACCAAUUAAGAUUUAAGACUUUGGAGGAAAAGCUUAAAGCAUCUACUUGUAAUUCACGCGUUGUCUCUGAAGGAAGAAGUAUAGCCAAUGGUUUGACACGGCAUCAAUCACUUGGUGGAGCUGACAAUUUCUUGAGUGCACUGAAUUCAUAUUCUGGGCCUGUGCGAUCUAAUAGAGCUACUGCCUUAUUGAGAAAUGCCAAAACGUCAUCAAGAUCAUUUGAUGGUUGUAGUAGGUCAUUGGAUGGAGGUAAGCUGAUUCUAGAUGGCACUAGGAAAGAUAGCAUGCCUACUGGUACCAGUGAUCAGAAGGCAGGAACUGACGUUAUGUCUGAGGAGACUUCAGAUGGAUUGACUGAAAAAUCAGAAAGAAAACAAGAAGAUUAUGUUUCUGGAGUUCUGUAUGACAUGUUGCAGAAAGAGGUUAUAACUCUGAGGAAGGCUUGCCAUGAAAAGGAUCAGAACUUAAAGGAUAAGGAUGAUGCAAUUGAGAUGCUGGCGAAAAAGGUUGAAACAUUGAAUAAAGCAAUGGAAGUUGAAGCCAAGAAAAUGCGGAGAGAAGUAGCUGCCAUGGAGAAAGAAGUGGCAGCUAUGCGGGUUGGAAAGGACCAAGAUCAAAAGACACGACGUAGCAUUACACCAAGGGGGGGUCAUAAAUAGUUAAUCCCUUCUCAGUUUGCUUCUGCAAGGGAAGCACGGAGCUAAUAGGCAACUCACACAGUGGUGGUUGCAAUAACCAUAGAAACACAUAAUUUAAUCAUCAAAUUGUUAUGUAUUGUUUUUGCGUGCUUGUUACUUUCUUCCACUCAUUGUUUUAUGGUCUUCAAAGUGACUGGUCAAUUUGUAAAGAACUGACUCUAGAUUUUGAGUCAUUACAUCAUGUAUAUUUAUUAAGAUUUUGGUAUUAAUAUAUAUUGUUACUAUUUCAAGUCAUCUAUAAAACUUAUCAGAUGUUAUUAACUUGUUUUGUCUCCUUUUAGGGCAUAUAUAAUGGGCAAAGCCGUGGGAUCAACCGCAAGCAAGUAGCGUGACAUGCGCUGACCGUCAACCUGCAAAAGCACUUGCCCUAUAAAGACCAGCUCUCUUU